CUCUGCAAAAGCCGCAUUUCUCAGUUCAUUCAAAGCUAUAGCCUCAAUUCUCAUUAUCUCGCAUGGUCUCCAAAAAUCCUAACCCGCCUGACGGAUUCUACUUGGAUCCGAACGGAAUGGCCCUACCAGGACUGGGACCCUUCGUCACAGCAUCUACCACCACGUCCUCAGCGGAGGAUCCGACUAAGAAGAUCCGAAAACCCUACACCAUCACCAAGUCCAGAGAGAGCUGGACUGAACCUGAACACGACAAGUUCCUUGAAGCUCUUCAACUCUUUGAUCGCGACUGGAAAAAGAUUGAAGCAUUUAUCGGGUCAAAAACAGUUAUUCAGAUACGUAGUCAUGCACAGAAGUAUUUUCUAAAGGUUCAGAAGAGUGGAACCAAUGAACACCUGCCUCCUCCUAGGCCUAAAAGGAAAGCUGCUCAUCCAUAUCCUCAAAAAGCCACUAAAAAUUCCCCAGUGCUCUCACAACCUCCGGGUUCCUUCCAAUCAUCGUCUGCCCUCCUUGAACCUGGAUUUGUUCGAAGGCGUGAUACCGCAUCAAUGCCUAGGAACCCAAUUGCUAGUGCUGCUACAGCUUCCCGGAAAAAUAAUUUGCCAGCUGUCAGAUUAUCAAAUCAAACAAAAGUGGCAUAUAAUUGUUGCAGUAGCACUGAGAGUGCUCCUAGAACAAAACCACUUGGGGAAUCAGCUGAGCUAGGGAAUCAUGGGCAUCCAUUGAGAGUUCUGCCUGACUUCGCUCAAGUAUACAAAUUUAUUGGCAGUGUAUUUGACCCAAAUGCUAGUGGUCAUCUGCAGAAACUUAAAAAAAUGGACCCCAUAGAUGUUGAAACGGUGCUGUUGUUGAUGAGAAACCUCUCUAUCAAUCUGACCAGUCCUGAUUUUGAGGAUCAUCGAAGGUUGCUCUCUUCUUAUGAGAUUGACACACAAGCAAUUGGUGCAAGCAAAACGCUUUAAGGACAAUGUACCAAAGAAUGUUGCUCAAUUUGGGUAAGUAAUGAAGACUAAAUGAUGCUUCACCAUUGCUGGAUGUGCCUGAACUUCCAUGCAGUUUUGCUAUCCAAUACUGACUUGUCAGAUGUGCCGGUGUGAAAGGCUACAGGUAGAAUCAACUGCCAGCUAUUAAAGGCAUCUGCUACAUUUUUCUUUUAAUUAUUAUUAGUUGCCCCUGUUGAUUGUUGUCACUUUUAUCAUUCCAGUGGCAUGUAUAUAUUGGAAAGACCAAUAAAGCGGGAAAAAAUUAUUCUGGUGUGUAUAGUGAUUCAUGUUUAAAAGGUUUUCUUGUAUAGCGCUGAAUCACUCUGUAUUCAAGUUUUGACUAAAGUAUUCCUAGCCUAGGUUAUGCGAGAUA